AUGUCAUCUGAUGCUCAGUUUAUCGCAUAUAUUAACAAUGUGUCAACUAAAUUCAAUCGUUAUUUUUCAAUAUUUAUAUUUCUCUUUGGAACAACGGGAAAUAUUCUUAAUAUUCUCGUUUUAUCUCAACGAUCAUUUCGUUCAAAUCCAUGCGCAAUAUUUUUUCUAGUCUCAUCUAUCGCUAAUUUAAUUGCAAUUCUCACUGGUCUUACUUCAAGAACAUUAUCUGGUUGGGCUGCUGAUUUAACAAAUACAGAUAGAUGUCUUUGUAAACUUCGAGCUUUUGUUCUAAAUGUUGCAAGACCAGUAGCAUUUUGGCUGAUUCUUUUAGCUGCCAUUGAUCGAUGGUUAUUAUCCAGCGCAAAUGUUCGUUAUCGACAGAUGAGCACAUUGAAAAAUGCUAAACGUAGUAUAAUUAUUGUUUUUAUUUUGUCAAUUAUUAUCUUUUGUAAUAUUCUCUAUUGCUAUGAACCAAAUUUAAUAAAUGCACCAUUGAAAUGCUAUGGAGCAACUGUACUGUGUCGUCUUGUCACAGAUUUAACGUUUACAUUUGUAAGUAUUUUUAUUCCUGUAUUCCUUAUGUUAAUAUUUGGAUUGAUGACAAUCAAUAAUAUACGUCAAUCACGAAGUCACAUUGAACCAGGAAAUACAUCAACUGCAACUACUAUAGUAUCAAACAGGGCAAAACGAAGACAACACUUAAAUAAAAACGAUUAUCGUCUUCUCAUGAUGCUUCUUCUACAAAUUUUACUUCUUAUUAUAUUUGGUCUCCCAUUGGGUAUUCAAAAAUUGUAUGCAACAAUAACAAUGUAUAGACCAUCAACUAACAUACAAGUGGCUAUCGACAAUUUUAUCUACAGUUUAGUUUUACUUCUGAAUUUUUUGGCUAAUGGAAUGCCAUUUUAUAUUUAUACAUUAGUUGGUGGAAAUACAUUUCGAAAAGCACUUUUCAAGCUUUUAGUAGCAAUAAGACAGAAGAUUUCUCGUCUACGAAGAAUGGUUCAUUUAUAA